AGUGGCCGUAACCGAGUAUCCCUAUAUCUAAGAAGAUGGCAGAAAAGCAGGAGGAGCCCAGCAACACCCAGAACGGCGAACCUGAUAACGCAGAAGAAAGCGAGGAGAAAAAGAAGAAGAAGAAGGUGAAGCGGGAAGACCUGCCACCAUUUGAAAUUGUGACAGGGGAACGCCUCCCAGCCAUAUUUUUCAAAUUCCAGUUCAGGAAUGUGGAGUACAGCUCCGGUAGGAACAAAACCUUCCUGUGUUAUGUUGUGGAGACCCAAGGCAGAGAGUCAGUAACAUCUCGGGGUUACCUGGAAGAUGAACAUGCAGCAGCGCAUGCAGAAAUUGCUUUCUUUAACACAAUUUUGCCAAAGUGUGAAUCAAGCGUCCGCUACAACAUCACCUGGUACGUCUCCUCCAGUCCUUGCGUGACUUGUGCUGAUCGGAUAACCGAGACCCUGAGAAAGAACAAGAACCUGCGUCUGACCAUCAUGGUAGGGCGCCUCUUCAUGUGGGAAGAGCCAGAAAUGCAGGCUGCCCUGAAAAAAAUGAAGGCAGCUGGCUGCAAGCUGAGGAUUAUGAAGCCUCAAGACUUUGAGUAUGUCUGGCAGAACUUUGUGGAACAGGAGGAAGGACAGGAAGCGAAGGCUUUCGUGCCAUGGGAGGACAUUCAAGAGAACUUCCAGUAUUACGAGGAAAAAUUGAAUGAGAUUCUGCACUGAAGCUCACGACCUAUUUAGAAAAGAUCUGUGAAGAGAGAUGUGACAGACUUGGACAUCUGGGACACUCCUUCAGCUUUUCAAAGCUUUGACUCCAGCCAGUUGCAGUACCAACUCCUGGAAAACUGGGCCCUAAUGAACUACAAAUACAUCUACCACACAGCUCUCUGGUGUUUAGGAUUUGGGUUUUUUUGUUUGUUUGUUUUUUCCCAAACAAAUAUGCAUUGCCUCUGCUGAUUGGAAAAGAGAAAGCAAUACACUGUGUGGUUAAAUCCUUGAAUUAAAUGGAUUGCAGUGGAUCUACAGGAAAGGGUGUGGGUCUCACAUACUGGGACAACUGUAAGAAAAAGAUCUUGGAGCAAAGCUGCCAAUUUAAAAAAAAAAAAUAAUUAGAAAGUGUGUACUUCAUAAAUCUUAGAGAGAAAGAGAUUUAAAAGGAGAGAAUUAGAGGAUUUAGUCUCCUGUCAUCCCCAAAACUCAGAACUGGGAUUUAAAUUAGGGCUAACUGGCCUAUUCCAGUGCAGAGGAUUAUGAUGGAACCCUUUGGGUAACACAGGCACUUGA